AUCGCAUGUAUGGCACAUGUGAGAUAGAUUGGGCAAAAGCCAACUUCUCUACAAUCUACAAGUCCUACAUUGUCUCCAUUUUUAUCUGCUGUUUUUUCCUACCUGUGACAGUCAUGAUCUUCUCCUAUGUGUCAAUUAUCAAUACUGUCAAGCUAAGCCAUGCAUUAACAGGACUGGGUGACCCCACAGACAGGCAGAGGAGAAUGGAGCGGGAUGUCACCAGGGUUUCUAUUGUCAUUAGCACAGCCUUCAUUAUUGCGUGGUCACCAUACGCUGUCAUCUCCAUAUGGUCUGCCUACGGUUACCCUGUGCCCAAUCUUACCAGCAUCCUUGCCAGUUUGUUUGCUAAGUCUGCCAGCUUCUACAAUCCCAUUAUCUACUUUGGAAUGAGCUCCAAAUUUCGGAGGGACAUUUUCAUCUUGUUCCAUUGUGCCAAGGAAGUCAAGGACCCUGUGAAGCUCAAACGUUUCAAAAAUCUCAAGCAAAAACAACAAGAGCCUUCACAGAAAGAAGAGAAGUAUGCAGGCGAAAUGCACCCUGCGCCAAGCCCUGAUUCUGGGGUGGGAAGUCCAACCAAUACCCCACCUCCGGCAAACAGGGAAGUGUAUUUUGGUAUUCUCGAUACACCAUCUAAUAACCCUGACAUUGAAUGUGAUAGACUGUAA